UAGUGUAUUUUCAACCAUCGUUCAUAGAAGUUUAAUUUUUCAAGCAUGUUCCAGCCAAAAACUUUAUUAUUCUACGCAUUUAUUGUAAUAUUCAUUAACGUAUCCUUGUCAGGAUCCGAGGUUGCAGGUCGAUCCGUGUGCCUAUUGCAGGAUCCUCCGCAUCAAUGUGGUGACUUCUGCCUUACAACACUGAUGCCAUUGAUCGGUUACAUUGCCAAGAACCAAAACCAGUGGAGCACUUGCAAUCUCAAAUUAAAUGAAACCGAGGCUAAAUUAAGUAAAAUAGAAGACCAACUGAAAGUUGUAAAAAACCAGUCUGAAGAACAACUGCAGGCUCUACAGGUCAAGAUUGAAAGCCAACAAAGUGCGAUGAUGGAUGCCCUUUCCCAACUCAAUAGGAAAAUCAUGUUGCUAAGAUUCAACAGGAUCGGCUCUAGAUUCUUUUACAUCGAGCACAACCUUCAACAAAAUUGGACCAGUGCUAUAAACACCUGUAAGCUGUUGGGAGGUCAUCUGGCUUCUAUUAAAAGUGAAGAGGAGUUCAAUGCCAUUUCUGCGCAACUGAAAAGGGAUAUUAGUUACACGCUGGGCAUCAACGAUUUGGCCGAAAAGGGCGUCUUUAUAUCUGUGUCCUCUGGAAAUAGAGCUCCUUUCUUGAAAUGGAAACCGGGUGAACCCAAAUACGACCAUAUAAGUCAACGUUGCGUUACUGUUAAUAACGGUGGCAUGUGGGUUGAUUCUUGUAGCGGAAAACACAAUUUCAUUUGCGAGGCAGAGGAUUAAAAAUACAAAAUUUUAAGAAUUUAUGGUUUAUAA